AUGCCACAAAUUAUGUUAAUGAAAGCCGAAUAUUUAGUUUUACUUAGUUUUUUAUUAACAACUGUAGUUAUAACAAAUGCUUUUUAUAUAAAAAAGCAAUUCUAUCCAUCAGUUGUAUAUUUAACAAAGUCAAGUACAAGUCUUGCGGUUCUUUAUAUUCAAGCAUUUGUAUUUGUUAUUUUAUUUGGUAAACUUAUUCAACGAAUAUUUCUUGGACAACUUCGAGCUAUUGAAACUGAACAUCUUUAUGAUCGUGCAUGGUUUUCUAUAACAGAAACAUGUUUAGCAUUUACUGUAUUUCGUGAUGAUUUCAGUCCACGUUUUGUAGCUUUGUUUGGAAUUUUACUUUUUCUUAAAUGUUUUCAUUGGCUUAUAGAAGAUCGUGUUGAUUAUAUGGAACAAAGUCCUAUUCUUGGACCAACAUUUCAUGCACGAGUUGUUGGACUUUUAAGUGUUUUAUGUCUUUUUGAUUAUUUAUUUAUUUCAUCAGCUUAUAUGCAUACAAUAGCAAAAGGAGCUUCAGUUCAAAUUGUUUUUGGUUUUGAGGUAUGA